AUGGCUUCUGAUGAUGACCAAGGGAGUUUCGAUGAUGAUGACGCCAGUAGUACUGCUCAUCGAGAGUAUGCGGCCCAAGCCCAGGACGAGCUCAAUAUGGAUCUGGAGUUCACAAUAGUGAACGAUGAUGAGCUGGGCGUGCUGACGGAGGAUCCUCGAAUGAAUAAUGGCGUUAGCGAGACCUGUGCUAAAGGAACUAUUGAGUAUCAUGCGCUUGGUAACAGGAUCUAUUUACGUAAGGAGGAUUACAUGAAGAUCCCGGCUCAACUUACCGAGGAUCGUGGUGAAGCGUUGAUCUUCUUGCAUGGUUACAACUGCAGUACUGAGUUCGCCCUGUGUAAGCUUGGACAACUCAUAGCUCUGGGGAGGAUACCGAGGAGCAUCUUACCGAUAGUGUUCUCACAGUCGACUGGACAAGCUCUUAUGUACUUCCAGUCUAAGGAUGCCGUACCACUGUUUGGUGAGGACUGCGCAAAGUUAAUACGGCGACUAGGAGAGUGUGGUAUCACCAGGAUCCAUAUUCUCACUCACUCCAUGGGGGCGAGGCUUUGGUUUAGCGCCUUCCACGAUUUGAUCAGAGACGGCUAUCUCGAUGAGACUUUCCGUCGCUCCUCGUCGCCGUUCAUCCCCUUGGAGCCUCAGAUAGAAGCCCCUAGGCCGCUGGAAAUGGCUGGUGAUGACCUCGCAAGCAUGGAAGGAGGAGAACGGCGAUUGCUGAACAUUCGCAAUGUUUGCCUGAUGAACCCAGACUACGAUCUCGAGGACUUCAAGACCAUCGACGUGCCACUGCUCGAGAAAUAUGUCGCGAGAACUACCGUCUAUGCUGAUAGAAAUGAUGGCGCAUUGUUCUGGGCUGAGAACUUCAACCGGGCUAAGGCCCUGGGUCGGCACACCGACGAUGUUCGAAUGCCGACGAUCCCGGGUGGCGAGUCGAGUAGACUCCUCAGCGAGGAGGCAGCGCCUAGCGGUGUCUCUCAGCCUUUCUCGAGUGCGGCUACGACAAGUCGGGGGACCAAGAAGCGUGGUCCUCUUUGUGAGCGAAUCGAUGUCAUUGACUGUACUGAUAUGGACCAGAACGUACACUCCCUGCGACAUAGUUACUUCAACUUGAAUAUGCAAAUUGUUGGUGAUAUAACCGACAUAAUACGUUCAGAGCUACCAGCCCGACUUCGCAGUCGCAGCCUGGUUCGCCGAAGCCCUGGUUCGAACGUUUAUUCAUUCCUAUCGCCUCCGUCCUUCCUAAACGCCGACCGAGGAUUCUAAUUGAUUGCCGCUUUACCCUGUGCUAUGUUGUACUCCUUUUCAUCUGUCCUAUCUCACUGUAGUCAAUAUCGCGUUAAAUUUGAUCGUCAUUCUGUAGUCCGCUGAGGGUUGGAGUUGCUCGACCGAAGCCUUGGCGAG